AUGGCAGGUGACUCCAGUUUCCUAGAUGUGGAUACUGAUGUAUCAGAAAAAAUCAAAGAAACAGAGAUUGUAGUCAAUGUUGGUGGGGUAAGGCAGGUGUUCUACAGAGAUAACCUGAACCAGUAUCCAGAAACACGGCUGGCAGAGCUGGUCAACUGUUUAUCAGGGGGAUAUGACAGCAUAUUCUCCCUCUGUGAUGACUAUGAUCCGGGAAAAAGAGAGUUUUACUUUGACAGAGACCCAGACGCUUUCAAAUGCAUUAUUGAUGUAUACUACCUUGGAGAAAUUCACAUGAAGAAAGGAAUAUGCCCUAUAUGUUUCAAGAAUGAAAUGGAAUUUUGGAAAGUGGAUCUUAAAUUUUUGGAUGACUGCUGCAAAACUCACCUGAGUGAGAAAAAGGAGGAACUGGAAGAAAUAGCCCGAAGAGUGCAAUUGAUUCUAGAUGACUUGGGAGUAGAUGCCUCCGAAAAUCGUUGGAAAAGAUGCCAAAAAUACAUCUGGAAAUUCAUGGAGAAGCCGGAAUCGUCCUACCCAGCUAGAGUAAUUGCAGUCCUGUCCUUUCUGUUUAUUUUGAUCUCCUCCGUAGUGAUGUGUGUGGGGACCAUUCCUGACCUGCAGGUCAUAGAUCCAGAAGGGAAUCGCAUGGAGCAUCCAACCCUGGACAGCAUAGAGACUGCCUGUAUAGGCUGGUUCACCAUGGAGUAUGUGCUUAGACUCAUCUCUUCUCCAAAUAAACUCUACUUUGCUCUGUCUUUCAUGAACAUUGUUGAUGUGCUAGCAAUACUUCCCUUCUAUGUCAGCUUGAUCUUGACGCACUUGGGAGCCAAACUCAUGGAGCUGAGCAAUGUCCAACAGGCUGUGCAGGCACUGCGCAUCAUGAGGAUUGCAAGGAUUUUCAAGCUUGCACGGCACUCCUCGGGACUCCAGACUCUAACAUAUGCUCUGAAAAGAAGCUUCAAGGAGCUGGGACUGCUCCUGAUGUACUUAGCUGUGGGAAUCUUUGUCUUUUCUGCCCUGGGUUAUACCAUGGAACAAAGUCACCCUGAAACCUUAUUUAAAAGCAUCCCUCAGUCAUUUUGGUGGGCAAUCAUCACCAUGACCACAGUUGGAUAUGGAGACAUAUACCCUAAAACAACGCUAGGAAAACUGAAUGCUGCCAUCAGUUUUCUUUGCGGGGUGAUAGCAAUUGCCCUUCCCAUCCAUCCCAUCAUUAACAACUUUGUCAGGUAUUAUAACAAACAGAGAGUUUUAGAAACAGCUGCUAAACAUGAACUGGAGCUGAUGGAACUAAACUCAGCUGAGGGGAAAGCUGCAAGUGCCAAGAGCAAACCAAAGGAUUUUGCAAGGGAAGGCAAGGAGGGUCCUUUUCGUAGCAGUCGAUUAAAAGUCUCCCACAGUGAUACCUUCAUUCAUCUGCUGUCAGAAGAGAAGCACUACAGGACCAGGCUUCAAAGCUGCAAGUAA